AUUGGACUUUCAACAGGCUGUAUUGAAUUUUACCGGGACUCACGAUUUGUUUAUUUUAAUUUACGCAGUCUUUUUUUAACACUUGGAUGUAAAUUUAUAAUAAAUAUGUAGAAGGCAUCAAUGCUCAUCAUUGAUUAAAUAUUUUCAAAAUGGCAAAACGUUUCCAGCCUUUUAAAGAGUUCGGCCGAAGCACGAAAAAACCGAAAUUAGAUGUCAGCAUAAACAGAGGGCGUCCGCUAGGACCAAGCCAGUCUUGGCCAAAUCACAUACGCCCCAAUGCUGUGCAUGUGGCGAGAGUGGACAGCCCGGUGGGCUGUGGCUCAAACUAUAACAAUUUGUGGGACGAUGAUGACGACGAUGUUAUACUGCUAGCAACACAGGUAGCUGAAUCCCAAGUGGCAAUCAAAAGUGCAUCGGCGGUAAAUAUCUCCGAAAGUGAUAUUACUUUCAGUGAAUUCGCACCACAUGUGCAUGCCACCACAAGCACACAGCGAAUUACAACAACGACAUGUGCCGCGGUAAAAGCCACUGUAAGUGCGCCACCGACCACAGUGGAUAAAAACAAUCAUUCGGAAUUAUUUCUGGAUGAUGAUGAUGACCUUGUCGAGUUGUUGGAUGCGGCAACGAAUGGCCAAAAGCCCGAAAAUACAAGUGGAGCGCGGCAAAACCAGGAAGUAGAAAGUGUUUUUAAAAAACCGACGCAAGUAGUAAGUGUAAUAAAUGGUGUCAGUAAAAGAAUGCCAAUGGGAUCGACCCAAGGUCCCGCUAUAGAUGGACAAAGUGCAGCAGCGCGUCGUCAAGUAGCAUCGGAGCGGCAAGUAAAAAUGCUGACUGAACGUUUGGACGCAUUGAAAGCAGAAAAUGCGAAGCUUGCGAAGGAUCUCAGUGAAUCGAAAAGCAAAAUCGAAAGCAAGGAUGGAGAGUCCUCCCUGCUGCGAGAUGAGUUGCGCCAUAUGAAGCAACAAUUGCAAACAUUGAAAAUGGAGAAAAUUAUGAGCGCUGAAGCCGCCAAAACGGAAUGCAAAACAAAAAUUGCCGAACUGGCGAGACGUGUGGAGGCCAAGGAGUCGGAGUUAAAAUUACGAAACGUAGAAUACUCUGUUCUAAAGAUGCGGCACGCCGAUGAAACCCAGCGCCUGGAAAUGAGCAUACGCAACGCUAAUGUAGUUACCGGCGAUGUGCCAAUGGAGGAAGGCGUAGAAAAUCCACAGGAUAUCUGUAAUGUUCGUUUUCUAUGCCGCAUGCGCAAUUUAUCAUUGACAACAGCGCAGCGCGCGCUAUUGAAUCCGCAACUCACCGAAAUGAAUGCUAGCGCCUAUGAACGUCCCCGAGAGCGCGGCGCCACAAAACGUCAACAGACGCCGUUUCAGCAGGAAUUGGCUAAUGCACAAACGCUGCUGGCGCAAUUACAAUUGCAGCAGCAAAAACGGUCAUGGACUACCGCCGAAGCAAUGGAUUUCAAUGAACGCGCUAUUGCAUCUGCUUGCAAUGCAUUGCCCGAAUUUUGGACUUACGUGCAUGGACUUGAGUUCCCCAAGCACUGUAACAUACAUCCCUAUCAUGAUUAUGAUCUGCGUAAGGACGACCAAACGAUCAGUGCGCGCAAUUUACAUGUAGCGCAAGCAUUGCAUGCAGAUGAACGCGCGGUUAGUUUGCGGCGCUAUGUGGCUGCUUUGAGUGUAAUGUGCGCGCAGGCGCCAAAUUUCGCACAACAAUUGCUCAAGCAAGAACAUGGCGAUUACGCACUGCUGCAGGUCGCAUGCCAUGCCAUUUCCAAGUUGGGUUAUUCCAAUGAGAUCUGUGCGCAUUUCGGAGCGCUGGAAGCAUUUGCAACGCUCUUGCGCGUGCUAUUGCGUCAGAUGCGCGCAGAUAGUGAGGAUCACUUCGAGUUGCUAGUAGGCGGAUUGCUGAAACAGCUUGUUUUUGUGCGUCCGAGUGCGUGGAUUUUUCAGGAGAUAUCAUAUUCGGUGCUGGAGUUGACGCGAUUGCCAGCAGCCUUAGCGCUGCUCUGCGUAAACAGCGAUGAAAGCACAUUCUGUAGCGAUCGCAUGCGUUCACUCUAUCGCUUCUCAAAUGAUUCAUGCAUUCUGCAAGUAUAUGCGGGGCUAUUAGAAAUAGCAUUUCCACUGAAUGGUGUCUUAAAUGAAGCGCAUCUGCGGCUACUGGCUGUUAUUUGUGAAAAUCAUGUGCGUUUUGCACACCACUGCUUCAUGAAGCCGCCAGAUUUCAUAUACAAGCUGUUGCCCUCCUACGAUGUUGAUGAUGAUGACGAUGACGACGAUGAUGCCGAAGAUGGCACCGAGAACGAACAGCGUAUGGAUACAACAGAAGAGCAGACCAAUAAGCAGCAAGCGCGCGUGCCAACAGAUAGCGUUGACAGUGCAACAAUGGCAAACGACUUGGCCGCAACAGCGAAUUCUAGCGCAGUUGCGCAGGAAGUGGCUGCACAGCCCACAAAACAAAGCAGCAUUAAAGGGCGCGCCCGAUGUGAGUGCUAUACGAAGCUAUGUUUGAGCGUGGUGACGCUGCUCUUCCAGCUGAUGCGACAAUGGCAGUGUAACGGACGAAAAAUAGAGACAUUACGCAUAGCAGAGAUCUCGCAAAUAUCCGUACAGUUAUUGCAUACGAUUUUUUGCGACAACUACUCGACGCACCUCUUCCGUUAUGCCGAAGAGACAACUAAGCACUAUUUGUGGUUGAUCUGUGAAUGCUGGUCGGAAAAUGCUAAAUGCUUAAAAUUUAACAGCGUACAAAUGAACUUCCUUGACAAAUUGCGUGCCUUUCAUAUUAUGCCCAAACAGCUAAAUGAAGAGGGUAAUGUUGCUAAUGUAAUUAACGAUCUAAAGGAAUGGCAUUCGUUAACCAAUGAUAACUCAACGUGUGGUGUUACUGCGGAUCCAAAUGCUAUGGUCAAUCUGCCAUUCGCUGCUGAAAAAUUGGACAUAAUGCGUUGUGCUGUUGAUGAGUCGAAAUUCUUUGAAGGCCUCAAUGGCUAUGCAUUUAAUUUUGAGUGAUCAGUCGCAGCUACAUCUUAAGAUUUUGUAUGUUGAAUUAAGAUAAGUGUUAGUUGUUAAUGGCUUUUUUGCGCUAUGCAACAAAGAAAACGGGUUACACACUAAAUUUUAUUAGUGCGUGGCGUUUUGACUAUGGUUUUCCUUAUUUGUUCAUAAUUUGCCAUAUAUUAUUAUUUCAUCGUGACUAUUGUAGUUACUAAUUUUUAAUGUAAUUCAAUUUGAAAUGUUAAAUAAAAGAAACAAAAAAUUUUUGAUUUAAAAAACCACGACGUGGACUACGUGUGAGCAAGAAUAAACGAUUUUCAACUCUAGUUCGCACGAAGCUAGGGUAAUAACGUAACCGGUACGACGCAGAUUAUAUCUGGCCAGGGAUUGUUUUUAGACAUAUGGCCACUACAUAUGGACAUAUGAAAGCAUAUUUUAAUAUACUGAUAAUAAUUGCUUUCUGAAUUGUACGCUGGUUCAGGUUCAUUUCAAGGCAUAAACACAUUUGAUUUCGUUAAGUGUAAAUGGUUUUCAUGAACAAGUAAUGUUGAAGCCUUUUUCAUUUAACUUUUUAUAGUACACACUUAAAGGAAAUAUAUGUAUGUAUGUAUGUAUGUAUGUAAAUAACGAAAUUUCCUAAAUUACUUUUACCAACUAAUCACCCUAUUUAUUUGCAAAGAAUAUAGAAAAUUACUUAUUUUACAAACAUUUAUUUUUAAGUGAUUUAUAAAUUGCAUAAGAAUAUGAAACUGCAUAUUCAAAAGUACUUUCUUGCACCUUUACAUUUUACAAACUCCUUAAUUUAGCGUUCGUAUAAAAGUAUAAACCAUUCAAUGAGUAUUGCUACAUAAAAUGCUAUUGUUUAUUAAUAAUAUGUAUGUAAAUAUUAUGGUACUUUAAAGUGAUGUGUAUAAAUUGCUUUUAAUGGAUUUCAAAUAUGCAUACAAAUAAAAGCGUUGUGAUAAAACAUGUGCAGUCAAACUCAAAAGAAUGUAAUAUUUUGAAAAAAAUUUUUUUUGAAAAAAAAUGUUGGUUUUGUGCAAAGGUGUAGAUGAACAGCAGCUAUUUAGAGGACAAUCAAGAAUAUAAUAGUGAAAAGAAUGCGUCAUUUCUAAUGUAAUUAUUAAUAUUAAAAAAUUUACAAUAACUAAAGCAUUUUGAAAUGUUACAUAUUUGUUGAUAUCGCUAUCGAUAUAUACAGAUAUACAUAAACAUGAUUAUGGAUAACUGAUUAUAGCCAUCGCUAUGAAUUUAUCUUAUUUUUCAUCGAUAUCGUUAUCGAUUUUAUUAUAAAUUUAUCGAACUAUAGUCGAAAUAUUAAUCGAUAACCAUUAAUAUCGAUAUUUUUAGGAUAUCUUUAUCGGUAUUAUGAAUGAUACAGGUAUUUAUCGCUAUCAGUAUUACGAUUGACAUAUAUAUAAUUAUUUAUCGAUAUCAAUAUUAUGAUACACGUACAAAUUUAUCGAUAUCCAACAUUAGAAUCGAUUUGCGUAUUUAUAUCGAUAUAUGUACAUACAUAUGUGUGUGAAUAUUCAUCAAUAUCCACCUAAUGGUCGAAAUACAUAUUUAUCGAUAUCAAUAUUUUGAUCGAUUUGGGUAUUUAACGUUUCAAUGUCAGUACAUCCUACGCUCGAAAAGCCAAAAAUGCUUGAGGUACAAAAAACCGAUCGCCCUCCAAAUAAGCGCGUGCCACAAAGUCUU